CAAACACUGAGAGAUUGUUGGUUUCCAUCGUUAUUUUUGGUGAAUAACGAAACAAAUAUAGCACACGUCGUGUAGUCCCGCGGACUAAAGGACAACACCGCAUAAAAUUGUAUUUUAAUUUAAAUUUUUUGCGGCAGCCCAACUUCCACGCCGGGACAACAGGAGGCGACAUUGAGGAGAAUUACGAUAGACGAGGAAGACAGGUCUCUCACAUGUCGUACACGACCGUGCGGUUAAGUUGAUUGAAAUACAUUUUAAAGAUAUACCCUCAGCAGUUUUGAAUAGCAUAAGUUCUUUUUACGCGUCAAAAUGGUUCGCGAAAAAAGGCGAAUUAAACCCCCAAAGAUACAAAAGGCUGCGCGAUUUGAUGAAGAUGACCCGGCUUCCUACAACGACAUGUCUGUACCUGACAAGAAAUCCUCGCAGUACACCAAAGACAAAAUUGACGAGUUCCAUGACCAAAAGAUCGCGAAUCUUCUGGCUCGUGGAGUUCAAAUGGAGAGCGACCUAGAAGAGCUGGAUGAUGAGGAGGAGGUGAUGGCCUUGGAUGAUUCGGAAUCUGAGGAGGAUGAUGAUGAAGAGGAUGAGGAGGAGGAAGAGGAGGCGGAGGAUGAGGAGGAGGAGGAAGGAACAGACAUGGAGAGUGAUAUGGAGGGGAAGAAAGAUGAUGAUCUUCCUGAUGAACUGGCCUGGGGCAACAAGAAGAAGAUGUUCUAUGACUCUGACUAUGUUUCUGCCAAGGGAAAAACACAGGAAGAGGUGGACGCUGAGGAAGAGGAGGAAGAGGAAGAGGCUAAGAAAAUCCAAAAACGUCUUGCAGAGCAUCUGUGUGAGGAGGACUAUGACCUAAACCUUUUCCAGGAACUUUCUGCUGAGAAGACUGAAAAGAAACCAGCUGGGAAGGAGGAGAGGAUCGUGAAAGACCUGAAACAGAUGUCUCAAAAGGAGAAGUUGAAACUUUUGAAGAAGGAGUCGCCUGAGUUGCUCGAACUCAUCGCUGACUUCAAGGCCAAGCUCACAGAACUGAAAGAUGACAUGCAACCACUAAUGCAGAGGAUUAAGGAUGGAAGGAUCGCUCCUGGGAAGGUUGCUGAUUACCUGAAGAUGAAGCAGCAUCUUUACCUCAAUUACUGCACAAAUAUCAGCUUCUACUUGGUCCUGAAAGCAAAACGUAUUCCUGCUCACAAUCAUCCUGUCAUUGAACGACUGCUCACAUACAGGAAUCUGAUCAAUGAGCUCAGGACGGUCGACGCUCGGAUGGCCCCACUUCUGAGUUCCCUCCUGUCUAAUGAAGAUGACACCGUUUCUGGUGCUUCAGCUGCACAACUGGAAGAGGAGGAUUCUGGUGGAUCUCAAUUGGAGAAGGACGGGGAUUCAGACUCGGACCUGGACGAAGAAGCAGCUUUGCGUUUCUACAGAGAAGUAGAAAAGAGACAGCAGUUGAAACGGAAGUCCAAAAACACUGAUGGAGUGGUGGAGACCCAGGAGGGAGAGCUGGAGGAAGAGCUGGAUCCAGACGCUAAAAGAGGCAUCACCUACCAGAUGGCCAAAAACAAGGGACUCACACCCAAGAGGAAGAAGAUUGACCGUAACCCGAGAGCUAAAUACAGAGAGAAGUUCAGACGAGCCAAGAUUCGCAGAAAGGGACAGGUCCAAGAGGUUCGCCGAGAAGAGGCGAGAUACAGCGGGGAGCAGUCUGGCAUCCGUGCAGGCGUCAAGAAGAGCGUCAAACUCAAGUAACCCAACGGCUACCGGAGCUGUAGAGCACAUCUUUGUUGAUGCUUUGCGCUCUGUCGAGCAGAUUUCUCCACAGGCAAGUCAGUCUGGCUGUUCUAUAUAUAUCUAUACUGAAGGAGGAGUUCAUACGGUGAAUAAAC